UGCUGCGGGAAUUAGGAGAGAUCAAAGUGGAGACGACAGCAGGAAGGGAAUGGAUGGUGUUGUUGCUGAAAUCGUGUAGAAAAAAAAACAAUGAAUGUAUGAUUGAGGUCGUGAAAGAUUUCUUGGACAAAAUAUGGCGUGCUAAAGGUGGGAACUAAUGGUGUGAAAGAUACUGUUUAUCCUCUGUUUACCGUUUCCCUGAUACAAAGGCCUAACUCAAGAGAAAUCUCGAGCCAUCUCUAGCAUCAAGAAAAAAAUUUAACUCAAUGCAAAAGCUGAAAAGAUAAAAUAGAUAAGAAAAAAAAAACAGGGAAAAGAGAAAAAUAUAGAAAGAUAAUAAAAAAAAUAAAGAAACUCAAAUAAUAACAGUGCCGUUAUAGAGGCAAGAUUACUGCAGCGAGACGCUGUCACAAAUCUCAGUCAGACCAUGUUUUGAAGCCAGUGAGCGCAACGAUACGCAAAUUCGAUCGACUUGUGCAUCUUCUUUCAUUGUUGUCGUUGAGCAAGGUGAAGGAAUUAAUUAUAUUACAGUAUCAAGCUGUAGAAAUAAACAGUGGACUUAACUUUUCAUUGAAUACGAGAUGCCCGAACCUUUCUCUGAGCAUUUGGAGGCUCAAGCAAGCAUAAUCUUACAUCCAGGAUCUCGCUACCUGCGAAUUGGCCGACCCUCAGACAGUGUCCCUCACACCAUAUUGCAUGCCAUUGCUCGCCGGAGGCGAAGUGGAAUAUCAUCUUAUAGUGACCCUUUUCUAGUUCCACAUGUAAAAUUGGACGGAGAUGCUGUACAAGAGUUGGAAGAGUGUCGUCUGAAGGUCAGUCACAUUUUACAGUCCUCCCUUAUGUCUGAUGGUUCUCGACGUUUUGCUACACCACCUCAGCAAAUAGCUGUGUAUAACAAACGGAUUCAACCUAUACCAGGAGAUGAAACAGAGACUUCACCUCCAUGGGUGUUCACUGACAAGGAUUACAUUGUUGGUGAUGAGAUAUUAUCACUGCAUCCCAGUAUGGAAUAUAAUAUACAUUUUCCUCUGAUGCGAGGAGACUUCAAUCUUCAUUGUGAUGUGGGUGGCUCCAUAAGUGCAGUAUUAGCUGACUUGGAGACCAUUUGGGGCCACUGCAUUUCCACUGUUCUCAAUGUACCACUGAAAGACCUUAAGUUUUACCGAGCUGUGCUGAUUAUCCCUGACAUAUACAACAGAGACCACAUCAAGAAGUUAACUAAUUUGCUUCUGAAUGGACUUGGUUUUGGUGGCUGCUUUGUGCUACAGGAUCAUGUAGCUGCUACCUUUGGAGCUGGACUGGGCUAUGCCUGUGUGGUGGAUGUUGGUGAUCAGAAGACUUCAGUGUCCUGUGUGGAAGAUGCCAUUUCUCAUCCAGCCACAAGGUUACGUUUGGAUUAUGGUGGUGGUGAUGUUACUCAAGUAUUCUAUUGGCUGUUGAAGAAGUCUGGUUUUCCACACCCAGUGAACCUUAGCAGGAAACUUGAUGCAAUGCUACUCAACAAACUUAAACAUGAAUUUUGUCAUGUUAAUUUGAAUGAAUGUGGAGCACAAGAGAAGACCUUUACUGUACAUAGUCCGGGUGAAGUGUCCUCCACCUACACCAUUCAGAUGGGAGAUGAGCUCAUAGUAGCAGCUCUCAGUCUCUUUUAUCCAGACCUCCUCAAGAUAACAGGCUCAAAGAGUACCAUUACACAAAAGCCUAAUCCAGGUGAUCCAGAUGACCCUUUUGAUGAAAAUUAUCUGCGAGAAACAAGUAGGAGGGGUGGCCGUGAGGCAGCUGAGGCCAUGGAAGUUGGAGGCGGUGAAGGAGGUGAUGCCGGGGAAGAAGAUAUUGUUGUUGAUGACCAACCACUUCCUCCAGCUCAGAUUGUUCCUUCAGCAUCAUCACGGAAUGAUACCACAGCUUUUACCAGUUAUGACAAGCUACUUUCCCUAGAGCAAGCCAUUCUCACUAGUAUAGAAAGAUGCCAAAGUGAUGAAAUGAAGAGGAAAAUGUAUAGCAGUAUUUUGAUUGUUGGAGGAGGAGCAAAAUUCAAAAACAUUGGAAAAUGGCUGCAAAGUAGAUUAGCUCUGCAAAUUCCUGUUGCUUACAGACCAGAACAAAUUGAAGUCAUCACCCGUGCCAAGGAUAUGGACCCUUGUAUGACAUCCUGGAAGGGUGCAGCACUUAUGACAUGCCUAGAAGGAAGUGGUGAACUUUGGAUUCAGCAUUCCGAGUGGAAUAAGCAUGGAGUCAAGAUUCUGAGGGAAAAAUGUCCAUUUAUUUGGUAGAUGUAUAUAGAUUAAAAUUACAGGUACAAUAAAUUGCUGAAAUAUUAAAUGUACUGUCUUACUAAAAUUAUAACCAUAUUAAUCAUCUGGCAUUUCCUUAAAAAUGUAUGUUUUUUUUUUUUUUUUUCACAUAGUUGGCAAGGCUGAAGGAUAAAAUGUUUAAUUUUUAAACAUAGUUUCUUCCUAACUGCCUACCAUCAUGCAGGUAAAUUCAGUAAUGCUAUCUUUAAAAUCUUUUUUUUAUUAUGUGACAUCAUAUUUCACUCUUAUUAUGUCUAUCAAUGCAACAGGUAUUCAUAGAGUACACGACUCUAGUGGUGAAAUAAAUUGGCACCAUUUCAAGUAAUGCUGUUCAGCACAUACAAUUUAUAGGAAAGAAAAAUUGAAUUGGUGGAUAGCUGAAUCUGAGCUCAGAAACUUUACUAAAUUGAAUCAGUUCAUAACAUAUUAUCAAUCAUAUUUGACAUCUUAUAAUAUGUAACCAGUUAGUAUACUGGAAGAGGUAUCAUAGCAGGUGGAUUCUCAUGUAACAAGGGACUGAGUAGUUGCAUUCAUUAUUCACAUUCAAAUACUGUAUGCUGAUGUAUUCAUGAUUGCAUCAAAUAAUUGUCAUUGGAAAUUAGUAAUCUUAUACCAGAAUAGUAUGGGAAUUGUAUUCAAAUUCAUUGAAUAGUCUGGUGAGUGAUCCGUAAUUUACGCUUACAGUGUAUGACAAUAUUGCAGGUUGACCCAUGGAGCAAUCCUUUCCAGACCUGACAAUUACAAUAGCAUCUCUUUGGUAUAAUAAGUAAAGAAAGUUUAAAGGAAGAAAUAGCAUUGUGUGUUAAAGCUUAGACGAUAGCAAUGGUGUUGCCACCAGACAGCAAUCAUUUUUUUUAUUCAAAGAAAAAUGUUUUUAGGGAUUUCUUAGGUACUUUCAAUUUUUUUAUCCCCUCCUUUAACAAAAUUUAUUGUAAAAUAUAUGUAGUACUUUUUUUUAUUAUUAUUAUGGAUUAUAAGUAGACAUAUACUUAAUACUGUAUGUAUGUAUCAGCUACAGUGAAAAAAAUGAAAAAUUUUAAAUGAUAAUAAUAAUAAUAAUAAUAAUAAUAAUAAUAAUAAUAAUAAUAAUAUAUCA